CCUCUUACAGCCUUCAAUGGCUAUCUAAGGUUCCUGAGGGUAUAGAGAACAACAGGGGGAACCUUUAUAUAGGAAGAACAAGCCCACCAAAUGUUGCGAGAGCUUACUACCACCAAUUUCAAAGAGAUUUCUCUAGUUUUCUCAAGUGUCGUGCAGAGGAACUGGUUGAAGAAGGUCGUAUGGUUCUCACAAUUUUGGGAAGAAGAAACGAUGCCGAGGAUCCAGCAAGCAUGGAGGGUGGCUACCUUAUUUUGGAGCUUAUGGCUAUGGCUCUUAGUGAAAUGUGUGUGCAGGGAAUAAUAAAGGAAGAGCAAUUGGAUAGUCUUAACAUCCCACAGUACACUCCAUCACCAUCUGAAGUGAAAUUGGAAGUUCUUAAAGAAGGGUCGUUUGUGAUCAAUCGUGUAGAGGUGUGCCAGGUCAAUUGGAAUCCUCUUGAAGAUUGGAAGCCUCUUGAGUUUGAAUCUGAAAGGUCUGAAUCACUUAGUGAGAGUGGAUAUAACCUGGCACAGUGCAUGAGGUCUGUGGCGGAACCUAUGCUGAUUAGCCACUUUGGUGGACAUAUCAUUGAAGAGNUUUUCAGCCGUUUCCAGAAAAUUCUGGCUGAUCGUAUGUCUAAGUGUAAAACUGAGUUCAGUAACAUUACGAUAUCGAUGACUAGGAAAGCAUAAAGAAGUUUGCAUCUAGGGUUUCUCAAAUGCAUUAUAUAAAGGAAAGUGAUAUUUUAACACCAUUUUUUGACAUCAUUUUGACACUACAUACGUGUCAAAAUAUAGUUAGACGAUUUUAAA